ACCCCCUAUUUUCCAGGUUACCCAAAGCCCAGUAGUUCCUUUAUGCUGCCUAUCUUCCCGCUUUCUGAUCGUAAAUGUGCUUAUUUGGCUACUCUGCGUGUAAACGGGCAACUUUGAGAAAUUCAUGCAACCACGUGUUGUGGCGAAAUCUGAACUUACUGGGGCUGGGAUGCCUGAAGAUUCCUAUUCUUUAUCAGAAGUUAAACUAUCUUCAAAAGUUAGAGGAGUAUGCUUCUAUGUUGUCACAGCUAUUGCGGCCAUUUCACUGAUUGGGUUUAUGAUAGUGGCACACCCCUUUGUGCUAUUGUUCAAUCGCUAUAGAAGAAAAGCUCAGCAUUUUAUUGCCACUUGGGCUUCAGCUACCGUUGCUCCAUUUUUCAAAAUUGAGUAUGAAGGAUUGGAGAAUUUGCCUUCACAUGAUGCUCCUGCGGUAUAUGUUUCCAACCAUCAGAGUUUUUUAGAUAUCUACACGCUUCUAACUCUUGGAAGAAGCUACAAGUUUAUCAGCAAGACGGGGGUAUUUCUUUUUCCCAUUAUUGGGUGGGCCAUGUCUAUGAUGGGUACAAUUCCGUUAAAGCGCAUGGACAGCCGAAGCCAGUUGGAGUGUCUUAAGAGAUGUAUGGAUCUCAUAAGGAAUGGUGCCUCUGUCUUUUUCUUCCCGGAAGGCACGCGGAGUAAGGAGGGGAAGUUGGGUGAUUUCAAGAAAGGUGCAUUCAGUGUUGCAGCAAAAACCGGGGCGCCCGUCAUUCCUAUAACCUUAAUUGGCACAGGCCGAAUCAUGCCUGCAGGAAUGGAGGGUGUUGUAAAUUCAGGAUCUGUGAAAGUUAUUAUUCAUAAACCCAUUGAAGAAACUGAUCCAGAAAUAUUACGCCAAGUAGCUAGAAACACAAUUUUAGAUACGCUAAAGCGUCGAGGCUGAGAAAGUGGCCACUAUGACACCUGUUUGAUUUUUUGGCUCUCUUAAUCCUUUAUUUCUGACUUGAGGAACAUAAUAGGAAGGUUUUUAUAAUUCCGAACUAGCACUGUUCUGUAAUAUGUGAUCUACUACUGCCUUUAGUCACUUCCAUUUUGCACGUGACAGAUUCAGAGGGAUCUCGUGUUCGAGGCGGAUGAUCAUAUGCAAUCUCAACGGUAACAGUUAACAAUGAAGUUGGCAUCAAAAUGUUUUUGGUCAUAUCAUGUAUUACAUUUCUAGCCAUUCUAUGUGGAGAGUCCAACACAAAAUUUUGCCGUCCCUGGAUACAACUGGUUUAGGUUGUGUAUUAUUUUCUCGGACAAUGUUGCAGUAUGAGGCAAUAAAAUGACGAAGAUAAAUGCUAUGAAGAGAUCAUAUUUUUCGUUCUUU